AUGGUCAAAAAUAAUCCCCCGAUCGGCAAGGCCAGUCUUCGCUCAAUUCUUCCAAAGCCUCCCUACGACAUCAAAGCACAUGAAUCACUCAUCUGGUUGGAGGAAUCACGAACCCUACACAUGUAUAUCGCAUACACCGAAGGAAAAACACAAGAAGAGAUGGCUAUUUACAUGGCAAUCUUGAAUCUCCGCAUGGCUGAGUAUGGACCAUGGGCAAAUAACAUUCAACUGCUGUUUCAUCCACGAGUGAUCCGCCUCUACGAAAAUCCCAGCAUAUACGCCCAGCAUGUUUCUGAGAUGAAAGCUCUAGUCAAUCGAAUCAACCAAUCCUUCAAGGUCGUUACACACAUCAAUAUUAGGAUUAAAGUUGAUUAUGCCAACUUUCAGCAAAUGAAAUUGGCAGCUUCCUUCUUGGCAUUGGAGAAGAACUGGAAUUUGUUCUAUUACUUUGACGGUAUAUUGCGUCUUAUCGAGAUCGACGAACAGAGCAUCCUCAUGAGACGCCUCCGUGGUGUUUAUGACAGAGAUUUUAAGGUCCAAAUGAAAUAUUGUGGAUGGUUAUGCUACAUAUAG